CAGCAAUGUAGUGUUUGGCACAUAAUGAACACUUAAUAAAUGGCACUGUUAUUAUUUGUUUACUGUCUUUUUUUUUUUUUGGUGAUACAGAAAGUGAGUUCCCUGAGGGCAGCCGUCAUGUCACAUUAAGCAGUUUCUAAAAGUGUCUGAUAUACACAGUGCUUGACAAUUACCAUUGAAGGACUGAGUGAAUGAUCAUUGAAUUUGGGUUUGUUUCUGUUGUGAGAGUGUGGGGAAAAAAGACAGACUAGAACAAGAUCUGAGUGACUGUGAAAGGCUCCUGCCUCCUUCUCAUUUGUGUGUCUCCAUAUGCAGGGACAGCCGUUUUGGGGGGUGCCGAUGGAUACCUGCGGGGUCGGCUGUGUUGCCUUGCGGGAGGCCGACCCCGUGGGGACCAUGACUGUGGGCGACUGUCCUGGACAAGAGACCCUGAGCCAGCUGGAUGUCAAGGCCUCUGCGGAAGCGACCAGUGCGGAGGCCUCUCUGGAGAACGCGCUGCCCACGCCUCUGUCUGGCUGUGAGGACUCCCCUGAGGAGAUGAGGCACCCCGCCGGGCAGGAGGGCCUCUCCGGCCUGUCUACGCAGCCAGAUCUUUCUUCAGAGUUGUCCAAGGUCUCAAAGCCCAGGGCUGCAAAGCCUGGCAGGAAGAAAGGUGGUAGGACCCGGAAAGGCCCCAAAAGGCCCCAGCUGUCAAACCCUCCACCAGCCCCACUGGCUCCUGGUCUCUUAGAUCAAGGUGGCCCUCUCCCUGCCCCUAUGCCUAAGAAGCGAGGGCGCAAGUCCAAGGCAGAGCUACUGCUGCUGAAGUUGUCCAAAGGCCUGGAGCAGCCAGAGUCUCCGCCCCCGAAGAGACCUCCCGAGGACUUUGAGACCCCUCCUGGGGAACGACCCCGCCGGAGGGCUGCCCAAGUGGCACUUCUGUACCUCCAGGAACUGGCUGAAGAGCUCUCGACCACCUUGCCAGCCCCAGUGACCCGUCCUGAGAGCCCCAAGGUGAGCAGCCCCAGCACCCCGAAGAAGAGCCCGCCGCAGGCUGCAGAUCAAGGCGGAGAAGAGGCAGAGAACACCCGGCAGGAUGAAGACUUCAUCUUCCAGGUUGAGGCUGAAGAUGGGGAAGAGAGUGAGGCCCCAAGUGAGAGCUCAUCGGAACCCGAGCCUGCAGCGCCACGCAGCACCCCAAGAGGAUCCACCUCUGCUAAGCAGAAGCCUCACUGCCGGGGAAUGGCGCCCAAUGGCUUACCCAACCACAUCAUGGCUCCUGUGUGGAAGUGCCUCCACCUCACCAAGGACCUCCGGGAGCAGAAACAUUCCUACUGGGAGUUUGCCGAAUGGAUCCCUUUGGCCUGGAAGUGGCACUUACUUUCAGAGCUCGAAGCAGCUCCCUACCUGCCCCAGGAGGAGAAGUCGCCACUGUUUUCUGUGCAGCGGGAAGGACUCCCUGAAGAUGGCACACUCUAUAGGAUAAACAGAUUUAGCUCCAUCACAGCACACCCCGAGCGCUGGGACGUGUCCUUCUUCACAGGCGGCCCACUCUGGGCUCUGGACUGGUGCCCUGUGCCAGAGGGGGCAGGAGCCUCGCAGUAUGUGGCCCUCUUCUCCAGCCCUGACAUGAAUGAGACACACUCACUAAGUCAGCUUCAUUCGGGCCCUGGGCUGCUACAGCUGUGGGGUCUUGGAACCUUGCAGCAAGAAAGCUGUCCUGGCAACAGGGCCCACUUUGUAUAUGGCAUUGCAUGUGACCAUGGCUGCAUCUGGGACCUCAAGUUCUGCCCCAGUGGAGCAUGGGAACUUCCAGGCACCCCUCGGAAGGCUCCCCUCCUGCCCCGGCUGGGUCUCCUGGCUCUUGCCUGCUCAGAUGGGAAGGUGCUGCUCUUCAGUCUACCCCACCCUGAAGCCUUGAUGGCCCUGCAGCCUCCAGAUGCAAUGAAGCCCACCAUCUAUAAGGUGCAGUGUGUGGCAACCCUUCAGGUGGGAUCUAUGCAAGCCACAGACCCCUCUGAGUGUGGGCAGUGCCUUAGCCUAGCCUGGAUGCCAACCAGGCCCCACCAUCACCUGGCCGCUGGAUAUUAUAAUGGCAUGGUGGUUUUCUGGAACCUUCCCACCAACUCGCCUCUGCAGCGGAUACGGCUCUCAGAUGGCUCCUUAAAGCUCUACCCUUUCCAGUGUUUCCUGGCCCAUGACCAGGCCGUGCGUACUCUUCAGUGGUGCAAAGCCAACAGCCAUUUCCUAGUCUCUGCAGGGAGUGACCGAAAAAUCAAAUUCUGGGACCUUCGACGACCGUAUGAGCCAAUCAAUUCUAUCAAGCGCUUCUUGAGUACAGAGCUGGCCUGGCUGCUCCCCUACAAUGGUGUCACUGUGGCUCAGGACAACUGCUAUGCCUCUUACGGACUUUGUGGGAUCCAUUAUAUUGAUGCUGGUUACCUUGGUUUCAAGGCCUACUUCACUGCUCCUCGGAAAGGCACUGUCUGGAGUCUUUCAGGAUCUGACUGGCUUGGGACAAUAGCUGCAGGAGAUAUAUCUGGGGAGCUCAUUGCAGCCAUCUUGCCUGACAUGGCACUGAAUCCGAUAAACGUCAAGCGACCUGUGGAGCGAAGAUUUCCUAUUUACAAAGCGGACCUGAUGCCAUAUCAGGACAGUCCUGAUGAUCCAGAGCACUCCUCCACCUCAUCUGGGGUCCCCGAUCCUCCCAAGGCACGAACAUAUGCUGAAACUGUCACCCAUCACUACUUACUCUUUCAAGAUACAGAUUUGGGUUCCUUCCACAACCUGCUGCACAGAGAGCCGAUGCUGCGCAUGCAGGUGGGAGAGGGCCACUCUCAGCUCUGCCUGGACAGGCUGCAGCUCGAGGCCAUUCAUAAGGUACGUUUCAGCCCCAACCUGGACUCCUAUGGAUGGCUGGUAUCCGGGGGGCAGUCAGGGCUGGUUCGGAUCCAUUUUGUCCGUGGACUCACCUCCCCUCUGGGCCACCGUAUGCAGCUGGAAAGCCGAGCCCACUUCAGUGCUAUGUUCCAAGCCACCUCUCCCCCGAAAGGGCCUGGCUUCCCUUCAGCCAGCCACCGCCUUCUGCCAAGUCCCUAGUCUUGGUCCAGCAGGAGUGACUAUCAGGAUCAAGUGGCCCCUGUGCACAGAGCCAUAGGACCUGGGGCCCUUCUGGACGGUGAUGCUGCUAGGCCUGACCUUGAGGCCUGCCUCCCCAGGACUCUGUAGAUCCCUCUCCUUCCACAGACUUCUGCGGGCACAGUUCCCUGUGGGGAUAGGGGUGGGGGCUCUCCUUCCACAAAGGCGCCUCAGCCUACAGCUAUGGCUCACAGGCAACACUCAGGCCUGACUCCGGCUUGGGAGUCAACUUGCUCAUAUUGAGCACAUUGUGAAGGGGGUGAAAGCUAAGUAAAGGUACUGGGUGUUUUUGAGACCACUUGUGAGUGGUGUUUGGAGAACUGGAAAGGGUGUCCUCAUGAAGGCUGCUGUCGGGCUGUGCUCCAGGAUCCAUCGUCACUGCCUUCCCCCGCGUCCUCUGUAGUGUAGCCAACACACAGGCCUGAUGGGGUGGUGGUCACGCACGGGCCUGAAGCUGCCUCUAGCACCUUGAACUGAGGACCACCAGCGACAGUUGACCAGGAAAGUGGCAGCUCAGCCCUCACACCUCCUGUUUGGGGAUCUCCUCCCAAUCACUAAUCAUCUGGCCCUACUUGAGCACUCCCAGUCACCUUUUUGAAAUCUUUCUUUAUAUCAAGUCAGAAAGUAAAUCUCUUAAUUUUACUCAUGGGUGUUAGAAAAUCUAGCCAUUCUCCCCUGUAAUUGCCUUUUUAAGUAUUUAACAAUAGCUAUCAUGUGUUUCCCAAGACUUUCCUUCUCUAGAUUAAAUAUCUUCAGUUACUUCAA